CACAAAUUAUCUACAAAAUUCAACCACAAAAUUCCAAAGAAACUCAUCAUCUUCUCCACAAAUAUCCAACCUAUUCUCCAACCUCAUCCAUGGCUUCCUCCUACUACCUUACUCCUCGAAGCCCGCCCCGAACAUCCCCGACGGCAUGCGAUCGAAGAGCCGAGCUCCAAGCCUUCGACGACACCAAAACCGGCGUGAAAGGGCUUGUCGACAAUCAAAUCGCCAAGAUCCCAAAAAUCUUCGUCCAUCCGCCAUAUUAUAAUAUCGAUGAUUCAACACAUCCCACAAAUGCGCGGCUAAGUAUUCCGGUGAUUGAUCUCCAAAAGAAUCACGACGAGAUCGUAAAAAUGAUCGGUGAUGCAUCCGAGACGUGGGGAUUUUUUCAAGUGGUCAAUCAUGGGAUACCCGAGAGCACGUUGGACGGAUCAUUGAAAGCCAUCCGGUCGUUCCACGAGCAAGAAGAGGAGAUCAAGAAGUUGUUUUACACCCGAGAAUGGUCCAAGAGAGUCGUCUAUAACUGCAAUUUCGAUCUCUUUAACUCGCCCACGGCUAAUUGGAGAGACACCGUUUUUUUGAAUAUGGCGCCAAAUCCGCCCCUGCCGGAGGAGUUGCCGGAAAUUUUGAGGGAAGCAAUUUGGGAAUACUCUAACCGAGUGAUAGAAUUUGCGAGACAAUUGUUGAGGUUAAUGUCCGAGGCUUUGGGGUUGAGCCCGGACCACCUCCUAGAAAUAGAAUGUGCAUGGCCACGGGCGAUGGUAGGCCAUUACUACCCGCCAUGUCCCGAGCCCUAUCUCACUAUAGGGACAUCGGGACAUUCUGAUAAUAGCUUUAUUACGUUGCUCCUUCAAGACAACCUCGGAGGCCUCCAAGUGAAGCACCAAAACCAAUGGGUCGACGUAGCCCCUAUCAAAGGGGCCUUAGUCAUCAACAUUGGGGAUCUUCUCCAAUUGAUAUCGAAUGACAAGUACAAAAGCGUGGAACAUAGAGUAUUAUCUAGCAAGAAGGGUCCAAGAAUAUCCGUGGGGAUGUUUUGUGGUAGAGAUACCGGGAGUUUAAGGAUUUAUGAGCCGAUAAAGGAGUUGUUGUCCGAAGACAAUCCACCAAAGUACCGUAAGACAACUAUAGAAGAGUUCACUAAAUUCUAUCGAUCUAAAGGGCUAGACGGCACUCCUCUUUUGAAACAAUUCGAGCUCUAACACUAAUUUCUUGUUGUUUAGAAGCCUAAAUCUAUACUCGAAGAAUAAAAUCCAAUUUAAAUUCCUUCAAAUUAAUGCAAUUAUCUUGUGGAUUAUAAAGCAACGAUGCUUACUUAUCAAAAUUCAAUACUUGUAUGUGAUCGAUGUUUAUUACAUGUGAUUAUAUCGAGGAGUAUUUCUCGAGAUUAUUGGGAUUUUUUCGCAAAUAGAUAUAUGGUGGAAAUGGCUCUAUCAUUUUAUUUUA